AUGGUUCCACUUUUUAAAACGAGAGUUACAACGAUGGUGGGUGUGGGCGGGGAUCUGGAUCUGGAAAUCACUACCUCCAUCGGUCGAGAUAAUCGUAACCAACAAGUUUGACCGAGAAAAGUUGAUAAAUUGUCUGGAUUACAGCUUUCGGAGGAAAGAAGUAUUCGGGACAAUUUGGUCGAACUUGUUGGUCGAUUACCGCGGGUCACAGAGGCCAUUGGAGGUAGCGGUUUUCAGAUCCGAUAUCAUAGUUGCACCCUCUCCAUUUCUGUGACAGUCGUUUUUCAAAAUUGAUCCGUGAUUUAAGUGACUCUGUCGUAUUUUCGAAUGCUGUUGUUAGACACUUUUACUUUUAUUUCAGGCCGCUCUUCAAGCUGGCUUUCCGAGCACCAGAAUGCUGAGGUUUCGACUGAAUCAUGUGUUAUUGUUAGUCUUGAACUGUUUGUUGUUGAUGUUGCUGUUGUCGCAAAAUAAUUUCAAACCGAAUUUGGGAUUGCUCAAAAAUAUAAAUGCGCCAGUUGAUGCAGUGAAGGUAUGUGCUGCCAUGUUAUUUAUGUAAUGUUUUGGGUUUUAGAAUUCGCACGAAUCGUUUGAGGAUCGGCAAAGGCUUUUUGAACAGGUCCCAUUGCGCGAGGAUCCGCCCAAAGCUGUGGAAAAAUUCCCAGAGAGCGAGGAGCAUGAGCCACCUGCACCUCACAAACCAGUUGCACCGCAUGGCUUUCAAAUCGACCUGCAAAAACUCAAAGAAGCAGUAAAUCGACUGCGGCAGGUGAAACCGGAAGUUAAUGGGGAGGAUGGAGGAGAUAAUGCCCACAGACAAGACGUCGCUCACAAUCUGGCAAAGGUUGUACACCCAGAGGAUGAGCAAGACAGUCGAAACCCUGAUGCCUCAAAUGACCAGGAAAACGAUGACCAAGAAAGCGGCGGUCAACGGGGCAACAAUAAAGAAGCCGCUAAUAACGAGAGAGUCCUACCCAAAAAUGCCAAAGUUAUAAGGUCCACGCAUUACAAAGGAGGCUACUGUGUUGCCUACAAUUAUUGGAAACCGGAUGACAAGUGGAACACGUCGAUUACUUAUGUCGUCCAUUCGACGAUGCCUUUCAUUAAGUACAUGCAGGAGCUGGUGGAAGUGUGGAAUGGCCCGAUCUCGAUUGGAGUUUACAUGCCGGCUCCGAAUUUUGACUAUGAUGCGACAAAGGAGCAGAAUCUUUCGUUCAUGGUGAGUAAUCUUUCCAUAAACCCGGAGACCUUCUCUUUUUAUGGGUCACUUAACUCUUCUUUUUCAGGAAGCCCUUGCCAAGUUUGAAUCCUACCGCAAAGUCAAGGAAACCGGCAAGGUUGGUAUCCAUCUGUUGUUUGAUCGGCCCAGCGAAGGCUGUGAGGACUUUGUCUACAGUGAGGACCAACUUAGUACGGAUUACGAAUACCUAAAGCAUAUGUACGAUCAUGCUGGUCAUAUCCCAAACUAUCCCUGUCAACAGCUGAGGAAUGUGGCCAGAUUUGGAAUGAAUACCCGGCUGUUUGUUGCGUCGGAUAUUGAGAAUAUUCCGGCUUCAAGAUAUGUGGAGAGAAUGCUUCCACUGGCGCAGAAACUGUUGAUUGAGUAAGAUUACUUUAUUCUUCGUGUAAUUCUACAAGACUGGCGGUCAUAAUUAGCGGAUUUUUUAGAGAAAGGAGAAAAAUAGUUUUGGUUCAUCGACGAUUUGAAGUCUCUGAGCUUGUCCCCAUGCCAAGAACUAAAACAGAACUGAAAGUACGUACAAUUCCGCAGUAUUUUUGCACCUUUACAUUUAGAUCCUCUUCGAUAAAAAGCAAGCAGUCGAAUUCCACAAAAUCUUCUAUGCCGCUGGCCAUAGUAUUCCGUAUUUGGACGAAUGGUUCAAAGUCCCUGAAGAUUUGGAAAAGGGAUCUGUUUUUUCAGUAAGUUUUCGUCAAACAUUUUCAAUCCCCAAAUUUCAGACUGUCCCGUACACGAACGGCGAAUGGGAGCCGCAAUUUGUCGCGGAUUCCGAUGCCAUCGCGCUGCAUGACGAGAGUUUCCCCUAUCCCCACCGGGGCCACACCGAGCUGGGAUACGAGACUUGUAGAGCUGGGUUUCAGUUCGCGGUGGUCAACGAUCUCUUCACAUUACAUCCGGGAAUCAAAACGAGCGCUUCAGCGGGAGAGAAGAAGGGCGCGCAGCACUCGCAACGGCAUUAUCGUGAGGUAGGCGAAGUUUUUAUGCUCUUUUUUAAGGCAAAUAUGUUACUCUAAGAAUGUUACUUAGAAGUUUUGUUAUGUAUAAAGAAGUGAAAAUGCGACUAUUUAUGAAACUUUUUACUCUGUAAAACGGACUUUUUAGGUUGUAUAUCGAUUCAAACGGCGGAUGGACCGAACGUAUUGGAAAACUCGUGGACAAUGCGGCGAGUUCAAGGCGUAA